UUUAAAUAUUGACAUUUGAAAACGGCCCAACGAUGCUUGUGGUAGCUUUUUUUUUUUUUUUUUUAAUGUAAUUUGUGUGUGUGUGUGUAAACAAUACAACCUAAAAAAAAUAAUCCAUGUUCUUGCAAGGGAAAUCGGGCAAGCUGGCGAGUCCGGCGGUCGUUUUUGGAGUCUGUGUGCAUUUUAGUUGUUAACGCGUCAAGACGUAUCCACAGGAGGCGAGAGUAUGGCUUUCAGACAGGAAAACGUUUGAUAUCCUCGAGGGUGGCUGUUUUUUUCGAUUUUGAACACAUUAUUAUUAUUAUUAUUAUUAUUAUUAUUAUUAUUAUUAUUAUUAAUAAUAAUCUGAAUAUAAAAUACCAUCUUGCGAACGCAAGGUGUGUUUUUCGAGGUAAAUCCAUAGUAGAAGGUGCGUGUAGAGGUAUGUGUUUUUUAGACGGCGUGUGUUGUUCCCUUCGAUGUGUGAAUGUGCAGACAUGCAGGUGUGCGUCCUGGUAGUUUCACGCACAGAAGCGAUCGCAUUUUUUUUUUUCGUGCUUUUUAAUUGAAUUGCCUUGUGGACUGCAAAUGAUAUACCAGCUGUGCAAGCAAAUCGUAUCCCCGCGUUUCACUGCAACGCGUUUGCGAUUAGCAUUUUUACGUUUGUGCGCAUCGAAUGGCUGCUACUUUACGAGCAGAAGCUGACCAAUUGAGUUAGUGUUUUCGCAUUUGGGUUAAUGCUUUGAAUUCGUGGUGCAGGAGACAAUGCCUGCGCUGCGCAGGCUGUUGAUCUUUGAUGUUGCUUUUUAAAUGGAAUUUGCUGUUGUUGCUCAUAAUAUUGCAAAUGUGCGAGGUUUGGGGAUAAGAUAUAAUUCCCUGCAUGCGAUUCGUAGGCUAUUGGAAUCUAAGCAAACGCCGAGAGACUUGAGAGAAACGAGGAUUGCAAAGGACAGAGCGUCGGGAGCCUCGGCAUCGACAAGAAGGUCUGAGCUGCAAGGCAAGAAAUAUAAAUCUGAGCAGCAACAGUGCUGUAGCGUCCAGCGUUGGAGUGGUGAGUCUGCCAGGGAGAGAGGCUGGCUCCUGUCAUAGCGGAGGCGACAGCACCCAUGACCUCCACAGCAAAGUAACUGUUCGCUUUGUGGGAGGAGUCGGUGGCAGGACCUCACAGGAGUCACAUGACAUGGAGGUCAAAGGUCACCUGAUCACGUCAUCCGGGCUUGGCUCCUUAGACCCUCAAUCUUCGGACCUGGGUUCAAAACUGCGCUCGGACCACAUCGCUGAGCUACUCGACAGGAAGAGGGCGCUACAGAGCGCGCUGAGCUCCCGUCUCGUGGACCUGAAGAAACUCUGUCUGCAAGAAGCGGAAUUGACUGGCGAGCUUCCUAAUGAGUACCCCCUGCAAUCUGGGGAGAGACCCCCCCAUGUCAGACGCAGAGUGGGAGGGUCCUAUCGGGUCCCCAGCACCUUGAAUGCAAAGGGAGAGGAGUCCUGGCUCGAGGACAUGGAGCGUCAGUUCUCUCUGCAGCAGCAGAUCGUGGAGGCGGCCCGGCGGCUGGCUGGGGGGGCGGAGCCGGGGGCGGAGCAGCGCAGGAGGAGGAGGCAGGUGCUCUCUAGCGCCACGCGCAGGCUGCAGGAGCUGGAGGAGCUGAUCAACGAGCAGCGAGCCAAGCUGGGCAGGAAACCCACACAGAGAGCAGCCCGCCUACUGCAAGAUGACUGCUUUCACUCGGAGAACAGCUCUGUGUCCGACUCCACGAGCCAUGAGAACGACGAACCCCCCUCCAGCUCGAAGCCCCUGCCGGAACGCCCCUCGCCCCCCAGGUCUCGGCUGGGAGGGGGGAGCCCUGAUUGCAGGGCGACCCGCCAGCUGUCCCCCGUGGAAGUGUACUAUGAGAUAAGGACUCGACGCAGCUCAGUGGCCAGCACAGCCAGCCCGAGUUGUACUCUACCACGGAGUAUCUCGAAUGUAGAAGGGAGGAGCGUCCCGGCCACACCCCUCCUGCCCAGGACCACCCACAGCGGCGGCCAUCUUAGGCAUGACAUUCCCAGCGGCCUUUGUCUCAGGCAGUGGUCGGACACCCCCGAAGGACCCCUCCCCUUGCCGCUGCAAGAGGAGAUGGCAGCUGUGCCAGCGGGGUCCUUCGAGCGAGGGGGCUGCCCGAACAGCGCCCGAACUCGCCGCAGCAACAGCACCGAGGCCCUUCUCGACCACUCUGUGUUCCAGGAGCCCGGGGGGAGGGGGGGAGGGGCGGGGCUGGCGGUUCGAGGGCCCUUCAAGAGCUCGGAAACGCUGAGGCAACCGGAGCGUUACGAGAGCGGGGUGCGGGGGUCUGUGUCCGGCAGGUGCGGGACGUCCUACAAUGAGAUCCUGCUGGAUUACGUGUGGGAAAAACAACAACAGAUGCAGCAGAUUCAGGCGGGCAGGACUUGGGUGGGGUUUCAACCAGCUUCGCCUGCACCCCCCCUUCCGUCGCAUCGGGAUUUCGCCCCCUCGCCAACCAACCACGGCAGGUUCUACGGCGGCUUUCCGAACAACAGCCCCUUACUGAGGGGCAGGGGGGAGCUGCGUCGGGUCAAAGUGACCCGGACUAAAUCUUGCGGGCCGUUCAUCCCUUUGCAAGAACAGCAGCAGAACCACCAGCUCCGACACCCGCCCCUCCAGCACCAGCACCAGGAAGGGAUUCGGGAUUUUGAGGCUCCGAGCGACGGCAGAGAUGAGCUGCCGUGGUCCCGUGGAAGAGGGGACGAGUCCAGCCACAUCCUGCACAAGGCGUUGGCCCUGGAGGGGCUCCGGGAUUGGUAUAUCAGAAACGCUCUGGCCCACAGCGGGACGGGGCAGCCUCCCCAGGGCAGGGGGCAGGAUUUCGGGAGGCGGAGGCUUCAUCAGCAGCCCCCCAGGCAGUCCCAGCCCGACCAGUCCUGUCACAGUCCUAACCAGCAGCUCUCCCAGUCGGUGAGCUUUCAUGGGAACCCGCUCCACAGCAGGCACUUGGAGCUCUCUCUUUACCAGGAUCAUUUCCACAGUCAGCUGCAGGACCUGAGCCUGGCAGACCCAGCCAUUGACAUACCUUCACCGGGGACACUCGUCUGAGACGCAGGGAGAGGUAGAGAGACAGACAGACGCAGGGAGAGGUAGAGAGAGAGACAGACAGACAGGGAGAGGUAGAGAGAGAGACAGACAGACAGACAGGGAGAGAGGUAGAGAGACAGACAGACAGGGAGAGAGGUAGAGAGACAGACAGACAGGGAGAGAGGUAGAGAGACAGACAGACAGGGAGAGGUAGAGAGACAGACAGACAGGGAGAGGUAGAGAGACAGACAGACAGGGAGAGGUAGAGAGACAGAAAGACAGGGAGAGGUAGAGAGACAGACAGACAGGGAGUGAGACAGACAGAGAGAGAGACAGGGAGCGAGGGAGACAGGGAGCGAGAGAGAGACAGGGAGCAAGGGAGCGAGGGAGGGAGCGAGACAGGGAGAGAGAGACAGGGAGCGAGGGAGGGAGAGAGCGAGGGAGCGAGGCAGGGAGAGAGAGCGAGCGAGGCAGGCAGAGAGAGAACAAGCAAUGAGGUACAGACAGGCAGUGUUAACUCGCUGUUGUAGUAGAAUUAGCUGUAACAGUUUGUUUUAGUUUCCCUUAAAAAAAUAAAUAAAUAAAUAAAUAAACAAACAAAUAAUUCAAAAAGACUUUAUAAAGAGGGAAAAGGGGCUUCAGAAAAGUGUCAGGCAGACUAUGAAAUCCAUUAGUAGUGUCUGCUCCAUUUUAGUGAAAUGAAGACAGACAUGCCUUGAGAUAGGAACCGGCUCUCAGGGUUCAUUUCUUAGAAUCGACACUCCCUGAUUUAAAUUAAUAUCUUCCAAUAAAACAUGCUGCACUUUCCUGCUGACAAAUGCACACAAAUUGUGGAUAACAUUUUAUGGACGUAUCAAAUCGCUUUUUCGAUAUUUUUAAAAAAGGGUUUGGACGCCGUGUGAAUGUUUCAUUGUAGUCGG